AUGAUAUUUUCACGACUGACACCGGUCGCAGUGAGCGCUUAUGCUCUACAAGCAGGUUUGGCCUGCAUAUUCGUUCCUAAAGCUGAAGACAGGUUUUACGAUCUCUCUGGAGCUGCAGGUUUCUUGUCAACCACCCUUGUGUCCAUUUAUUAUCCAUACAUUCGUUCGCAAGGCAAAAUUACACAUUCCACAUUUCUUCAACUGCCACGCUUGGCUCCAAGGCAGGCCCUCCUCAGUGCUGCCCUCGUCAUCUGGUCAUUGAGGCUUGGGAGUUUCCUGGCCCAGAGAGCAAUCAAAGCGGGCGGGGAUUCUCGUUUCGAUGAAAUAAAAAAGGACAAAAUCAAGUUUACCGGCGCAUGGAUGGCUCAAGCAACCUGGAUAUUUGUCGUUGGAUUGCCCGUCUACAUCUCAAACGUAUUGCCAGCAUCAGCUCACCCUCGUCUACAUGCCUCCGAUUUUAUUUCCCUUGCUUUGAUCGCAGGUUCUUUUGCCCUCGAAGUCAUGGCAGACGGGCAGAAAUCGACGUGGCGCCGAGAGAAACAGGACAAUAAACACGAAGACUCUUUUAUUUCCAAAGGAGUGUGGGGCUGGAGUCGUCACCCCAACUAUGUGGGCGAAUUGGGCUUCUGGACUGGAAUGUUCGGCCUUGCUGCAUUCUCUGGCGCGCUACCUCUCUCUACAGCAGUUGCGACCGCGGCAAGUCCUCUUUUGACCUAUGUUCUGCUUCGACACGUGUCAGGCGUUCCUCCUCUCGAGCGCGCCGCCGACAAGAAGUUUGGCGACGAUAAGAAAUGGCAAGAGUAUAAGAGGUGA